AUGACCUAUUUUGCAGUUGGUCAUGAGGAACUCUUAGUCUCCGAAGCUUCUUCUCAAGAGGUCAAGGAUUCGAAGGCUCACUAUACUCUCACUAAUGAAAAAGUUUCCAGCUUUGAGAGGGAUCGCUCAAGGCUACACAUUCAUUUGGAUCAAGUGUCCCCUUUCUUGGAGAAAGUGGAUCUGAAUGAAUCUCCUACAACUUUGGUCGGCCACAUAUUGAAACAAUCUUGCUUGAAGAGGAUAAGCUUAGUUCUCAUUAGAUGGAAAUCAUGGCUUGGACCUGGAAAAACAUGGUCAUAUCUUAACAUUACGCUCCAUGUUAUACAGGAUUGUUCACCGGCCAAAGGUAAGAUCCUCCUCCCUGCCCUGAAGUUUGACUCAGAUCGAGGUGGACGUCUUCGGACUCCAUUGCAAAACACACUUGGAUUGGCUAGAUCUGAAAGGGGUGCGCCAACUAUGCAGAAUUGUGUGUAA